AAUGAACGUCGUAACAUUGGACAUAUCUGGCAUUACUAGUGCCUGCAAAGACUUUCUCACGGCUGAAUGGAGUUCUUAUAAGAAGAGCAGUGAGUGUAAAGUGGGUGUAGUCUGCAUAUAUUCAGUGGGUGGACCUCGUGGGAACCCAGCCUCUGUUCUUGACAGUGUAGCGUGUGGCUUGCAGGAGUGUGAACUGCUGCUGAAGGAUGUUGUUGAUGCCAAGGUGGCGUCCGACUGUCCAGUUCUGGAGAGCGAGGUGGUCGUAGGAGCAGACUGUUCAUUUUUCAUCUAUCCUGAGCGCCAUAGGCCUGACGAAACGCCCUACACCAAAGCCUACACGGUUGGCCCUCCACCUCCGCCACCCGCAGGCAAGCGCAAGAAGGUCGUCAUCAAGUCUGCUGAGGAACAAUACUUGCUGAUGAUGGAGCAGGUUGGCAACUACAUGCUCGACCACAUCAAGAAGAUGAGCCAGCCCGCCGUGCCAUCGGGCAACAUGAAAGUACAAUACUUGCUUAUUGCAUCUGCUACCCUCAUCAAAAAUAGGCUGAACUACUACAAGGAUAUCCUUCGCUUGCCAUCAUCAAAAACUUUCAGUGAGACUGUGAACCGUGCCUCGGAGCUGACAGAAGUGCUGAGUCAGUCAGUGUUUUAUUAUCAGUGUGAGCUGCUGCGCUCUAGUCUCAUGCACGACACUGACAGUCAUGACUGGCUCAGUGACAAACAAUUUCAAGAAGGGGAGCAAAUCUCCACUGCCGUACGCAUGUGGAUCUUCCAUGUACAAGGCAUACGUAAUGACCUGUACCGCUACUGCUCCCCUGCUGCCGCUCACAGUCUGCUGUCCAGCAUCGUCAGCGACACUCUGAAUAUCCUCAUCACGCGAUACAUGCAGGCGACACCAAGCGACCGGCGCGUCUUGCAAUACCGAGGCGACGUGCUCGCCAUCCUGGGCUUCGUGGCAGCGCUGCUGCCGUCGCUGGUGCGCCGGCCUGCCGAGCUGUUCACUGGCGAACUGCACCGCAGCGCCGUCCUGCCUCUGCACCGCCGCGCUCUGCUGCUCCUCUCCAUCGCGGCUGUCAAGGCUGCACCUCUGCCGGUCCUUGUCAAGCACAGAAAGUUGCUGCAAACAAGCACCCUCCAAACGGACAGCGAAAGCAGCAGCGCCAUCAACAUCUGCUCGACCCCUGCAUGGCUGACGUUCGUCAACAAGGAGCUAUACCCGCCAGGGGUGACCCGCAUAGUGCAGCUGCCCAGCAACGUCGCGACGCUGCACAUGAUGCUUGCGGCCGCCUCCAGCCCUGCUCCUGACUGGCCGCUUCUUGUCCGUAGUCUUGUACACGAGAGCCUGUUCGGGGCGCGAGCGCUGCUUCGCGGCCUGCGCGACUUCUGGUCAGGCGCGCGUCAGGAGCAGCCGUGCGGGGGCGCCCUGUGUGCUCCCCAUCUCUGUUCCCCGCCGCUCACCCCCCAGACUGUCUACGCGGCUGUCGUUCAGAUAGUGUAUCGCUGUGCGGACGGACGUUAUUUGCUCAGGCAAAUUAUGUUCCCGGAUAAAAUUAACCCAGCAUCUUGGGACUCACUCGACCAAGCUCAGGUCUGGAACAGCCAACGGCCGCCGUGGCAUCACGUCCUCGUGCAGCUGGCCGUACCUGCAGUGCUGCCGGCCGUGCAGCAGGUGGUACGCACUCUACCAGCCGAGGCCCCAGCACAGCCCGCCCACCCCGGCCAGCUGUCAGUGAGGUUGGAGCAUCACCUCACUACUUGGAUAUUGCAGCUCCUCAGAGGUGUGGAAGCGGCCGCUGACGACAUUCCUGAGAGCCUCAUCGAGGUGUGCGCCGCUAUGGACGCCGCCGUGCCUGCUGCUGUCAAGCCCGUAGGCGGCCACGUGAUGAGCCAGGUGCUGGUAGAAGCGCUUUACAGCGUCAUCAACUCGCGCUCGAGCGUGUCCCAGCUGAGCGAGAGUAGCAAGGGCGUCACUGAGGACCAGUGGAACAUGCUCACCGCCAUGGCCGAGCGCUUGUGUGCCCUGCACUCGGAUGCAUUCAUCGCUGCCCUCCAUGCUAUAAACUCAGCCACGGCUUUCAGGCUUGGGGAGGAAGGAGGGAAUGAAAAAGACCGUGCUGUCCCCAAUCCUUUGUCAACGUUUCCUGACGAAGAAUUAGCCGAGGCUGUUGCCGAAAGUCUCGCAUCACAAGUCCUAGCAGCUGUCCAGGGACAGCACGCGUUGGGAAUCGUGCGUAAAUUCCUCCAGCACAACAUGGAAUGGGUGCAACAAGUGCUAGACGUCCCAAGCCUGCUUCCCUUGGACCAAGAUCUCUCUCCUCGUUCUCCCUCACUUGUUUUUGCACCUGAACCCCUCAUCUAUAAUCCGCUUUACUACCAUGCAAUGUUAUUCUACGCCAAAUUUCAACAGGGAGGUAUAUUACGUCACGAGUGUAAUUGGGACCUGGCGCUGACGGUGGCCAGUCAAUGGCUGCCUCCUGCGGCGGUGACGGCGCUGGUGGCCACGCGUUGCGAGCUGCAGCCUGACGCUAUACUCACUCUGGACGAGAAGGAGGCUGUCGCGACCAUCGCGCCUCUGCUCGAUACGCUGCAUGAAGAAUAAAUUUACUCGUGAACGAUGCUUUACUAGACAAUAGCUAUCAUAAGAUGUCGAAUAGUUAGUUAGCAUGCCGUAAUGUUAUGAUCGAAAUUAUACUUUAGUAUAGAAUGUAGAAAAAGGCAAGACAAGCAUGAUCAUAGUUGAAAAAGUUAAUUAAAGCAAUCAUUAAUUAUAAACAAUUUUAUUCAAUGUUGUAUUAAUUCAUGGGCUUGGUGCCAAUGAGAACAAUCAUCACGAUAAACUAAUGAUGCAAAAUUUUUACUUUUUUCCCGCUGAAAAAUAGCUAUGUUCCGCCAAAUAUUUCACCAAGUAUAAAUAAAAUACCUCAUUGCCUCUUCUGAAGAAGGUAAUUUUUUUACAUACCGUUAUUGGAAACAUUGAAAAACUCUCAUCUUUCGCCCCGUACCUAUAAUUUACUAAAGUUUGUCAGGAUUUAACGUAAUUUAUACAUCAAUAUUACUCAUGCUCAUUACCCAAGUUAAUUUGUUUUACUUCAUAAAAUGAGUCAUAGUCAAGCUGCAAGUAAUAAUAUGGAAUGGAAGUUACAAUUAUACUCUUUCGCUUGAUGUUUCGUUUCUACAAACUGGACGAUGUUGCUUAUAAAAUGUAGUCCCACUCUUACUGUAUUCCCGUAUGUGGGGAAAGUAACGGCAUUUUUUCCACCUUUCAUAGGCCUACAAGAAUCAAUUUUAUUGAGCUGCCUUCCGCGACUAUAGUUACCGACCUUUUACUCACCUCACGUGGAAUGGGAUGCCUCGUGGUUCAUUCACGGCCAAAAAUCUUCUACGGGAUAAAAGCGCGUGAUAAUCGUCCUGUUAUUCCAAUCUCUGUGUUUUUGCAUGAAUAGGAAAGCAGUCUCGGCGUCAGUGCAAUUUCGGUAACGAAUGUAGAGCGCAGCUUCUUCACUGGCAAGUUUUUUCUUAACAAUGCAACCGAAGUUUCCAAACUUGGCUAUAAGAUUCUUUAAGUCUGGAAUGUAUCGGAUAUGCAUUAUUAAAAAUAUUGUUUUUUUCAUGGUUUUUCUCAUAGAAAAAUAAAACGAAGCCACUCUGAAAUGUUAAACCUUGCACGAUAAAAGUAUAGAAGUAAAAGGAAAUUGCAAUUUUUAAUACCGUCGAUUGCAAGAUAUAAUUUGAUCAUUUGUUUGGCCCAUGUGUCAGAACACUCGUGAUUGGACUCAACAGACAUGCUGCAGCAACCUUUAAAAAAUAACAGUUACGGCACGCUACGGUCACAUAUCUUGGAAAUAUCAGGUUUCACGUUUAUUUGCGAAAUCAAUAAUGAAAUAUAGGAGAAUCAUAACGUAUUUUAGCCGAGUUGCAAAUAGUUCUCGCAAUUAAUUCGCGUGUCUCGAAUAUCGAGUGGCUUAGUGGUUAUGAAUCUGAUGUCCCCCCCCUUAGACAAGCUAGAUAAAACAGCAAAUGAGCGACUGGCAGUACUUAAAUCGUGCUAUCGAACACGCUACGCCACAAUGCGAGCCUGCAAGUUCAUCUUGUUUUAGCACAUUAUAAAUGAUACAUUACAUUAUAAAUUAACCUCAA